CACGGUAUACGCUAACGUGGCAACAAACGGUCAAUUUUUCCAUCGUUAAACUCCGUCUUCAGUAACCACUUUCAAAACCCUCCAAACGAAAACCAUCUUCCAUUUCGCAAUAAACCAAUGGCGGCUCAACCCAAACGAGGCGGAGUUUCCCUACCCGAGAGGCGAUCAGCCUCCAACCCCGAAUCCAACGUCCUCGCCCGGAUCACUUCCUCCCCCAUCGUUUCUCGCGGUAAGCAAGCCGCGAGCGACGCCGCUUUCGUCUCCAAGAAGCUCAUCCGCAGCACCGGGAAAGCCGCCUGGAUUGCUGGAACAACAUUCUUGAUCUUAGUUGUCCCUUUGAUCAUCGAGAUGGACCGUGAGCAGCAGUUCAAUGAGCUUGAGCUGCAGCAAGCUAGUCUCCUCGGUGCCCCGGCCACUGCACCCGCCAGUAAGUAAUCGGGUCGGAUUGUGUCAUACCAUGUCAGAGCUUGUUGGCUUUAUCAGUUUUCGGCCAUGUUUCAAGUCAUUACCGUCUAAAACCUUUUAGAUGUAGUUUAGGAGUUUAAAAUUCCCCCCCCCCCUUUUUUUGGUGAUUUUAAGCUUGAAUUUUCUAUGGAAUGUUAUUGG